AUGACGCGCUUCUCCCGUCGCCCCUCAUCCGGCGUCAACGUCAUAAUAGUAGGCGCAGGCUUCGCGGGCAUUGCAGCAGCGAUAGAAUGUGACCGAAAAGGUCACUCAGUCAUCCUUCUCGAGAAAGCUGCAGAUGUAGAGGAAAUAACGCGAUUCGGGGAUAUCAUCUCAUUCGAUCCGAACGGUGCGCGCAACUUCGAGCGCUGGCCUGGCGUCAUUGAGGCAAUGAAGAAAGUUGCACGGAAAACAACGUGGCUGGAUCUGUACCACUGGAAAGGGGAGUUUGUUACAAGACAAAGUUUUGACGCCGAGAAGGAGUGGGGGCCCAGGAUCAAUGGACAUAGGGGGGAAUUGUACAGUAUCAUCCAUCAGCAUGCUGUCGACCGGGGCGUAGAGAUCAGAUGGGGUCAGCGUGUGACCGACUACUUCGAGGAUGCGGAAAGAGCUGGUGUUGUUGUUAAUGGGGAGCGUAUGUUUGCUGACGUAGUCAUCGCAGCCGAAGGGGUGCGCUCGCGUGGCCGUAAGAUCGUGCUUGGAUUUGAUGAUAAACCUAAGAGUUCGGGAUACGCUGUGUAUCGCUCUUGGUUUUCUGGCGACGCUAUCAAAGACAACCCCAUGUUGAAGCACCUUGUAGAAAGGGACAGUCACUCUGGGUUCAUUGGCCCAGACCUCCACUUUCUGGUUUCGUCGCUCAAAGACGGCAAAGAAUUUAACUGGGUGUUUACCCACGUAGACGACGGCAAUAUCGAAGAGAGCUGGCAGUUUCCUGGGAGAGUGGAGGAUUGUCUAAAGUACGUCGAAGGAUGGGCGCCGAUAGUACAAGAGAUCGUGAGAUCGACACCAAAAGGCGCACGUCUCAUCGAUCACAAACUCGUCUUCCGCGAUCCGCUACCGACUUUUAUUUCCCCAAAACAACGCAUCGCUUUGAUUGGAGAUGCAGCGCAUCCAUUCCUUCCAACAUCCAUCCAAGGAGCCAGUCAAUCCAUUGAAGACGGUGUCGUCCUAGCUGCAUGUCUCGAACUCGCUGGCAAGGAAAGCAUCCCACUAGCCGUACGUGCAUUCGAGAAGAUCCGUUAUGAAAGAGUACACAAGGCGCAGGCGACAGGAGUGAAGACGCGCGAGCGAUGGCACAAAGCCGACUGGGAUGAAAUCGCUAAGAAGCCAGAGUCGAUUCACCUAGCACGUGAGGCAUGGUUGCUAAACUUCGAUGCAGAAAAAGACUGCUACGACAGGUUUCAAGUAGUUGCCAAAGAUUUGCGGGGUGCACAAGCGCGGUUGUAA